CAUAACAAUUUGUGGUGUUAUCGACGGCAAUAACAUGGACAGAGGGCUCUCUCGUACUUCUAAUAGCGUUACCAACCAAGAACAAACAAGCGAUUCUGAUGUAAACGGGCAACGCAAAAUUCAUGGUUUCGUUCCAUCUCCAAGUACAAGCGCAAUCCGUAGUGGAGUUGCUCUGAAUAAUUUUGAUGAAGAACGGAAUAAGUUACUGACGGCUUCCAUAACAUUCGACGAUCCGUUGGCAUUUGCAGAGGCCCGAGCUUUCGUGGGGAAAGGGCAACAGACUUUAGAUUUUGCCAAUACAAAUGCUGCUCUUAUUAGAGCGCGGCAGCUGAUUGACGAAGAAAAGCUACAGAGGACUUUAUUGCGUAAUCGCCUAUAUCUGGAGGACGCCAGAAAAAACAGCGCUUUAGAAUCAGAUCUUGCCUCUACAUCCAAUGAAGAAAAGCUACAGAGGACUUUAUUGCGUUAUCGCCUAUAYCUGGAGGACGCCAGAAAAAACAGCGCUUUAGAAUCAGAUCUUGCCUCUACAUCAGCCGUGGCAUCAGCAUCCCUAAGAAUAGGAGAUCAUCCUCCUGUAGGGGGAAGUUCAAGGAAACGUACUCUGGACCAAGAUAGUAUGCUGAUGUUGGAAAGAGAACGAAUAUUGAGAAGAGCUCGUCAAGAGGAACAAUUAAUUGCAGAAAUUUUGGCCAGUGAAAGAAGGAAACGAGACGGUGAUAUGAUUUUCAACUUGCUCAGCCAGCAAAAUCCGAUGGCAUCGGGGACUUCAAGGUCUACUCACGUUGCAACCCACAGUGAUGAUCUUUCAAGGAUGACUUUGUACAACAGAGACUCGUUAUCGUUGCAAUCUGCAUUGCAAUCAUCGAAUCUUCCAGCGCCCCUGACGGACACGGCUUCAACCUCAUCCAUCCUUGGAAAACGGACGUCUUUCGCAACCUCGGCUUCUCCCUCUAUGGCACGACGACUGUCUACGAUGAACCGUUUACCUUGCGAAGGAAACGGACUCGGGGAUGCAAUAACCCAAAGAAGCCAAGCUCCCACCUCGUUGUGUGACCCGAUAGGGAGCAGAGACGUAAACAGCGUCUAUGCGUCUAUGCUGCGCAGUGUUGCACCUCUCCCUACAACUGCCCCUUCUCCAGUAGAUUUUAUUCGUUCUUCUACUCUCCACACAGCCGAGGCUCCAAGUUUUGCAGGAGUAUCCCUUCACCAACAAGCACCAGACGAGGCUGAUGAUAUCUCUAAACGAUUUAAUAAACAUCAAUGCAAACAAUGGACAGUAAAAUUUCAUGAGCUAAUAGCUUACAAAAAAAAACACGGACACUGGUAAGUGCAACGACUAUCACAUCUCUGAUAGCUGAGUGGACCACUCCAUUUAUUGAUCAUGACACGCAAUCACAUCUAAGCUUCUACGCUAUUCUAUUGACUCCGAAAUCAUAUUUUUGACAUACUGACCUUGUCCGGUCUCAAUCUCUCCAGUAAUGUUCCUCACCUUUAUAAAGAAAACCGUGGGCUCGCAAUGUAAGAUUUUAUAAAGUAGAGAAAAAAAUAGAGAAGAGCAGACUUGUUCGUUUUAGCGAAAGGCAUUGUGAUCGCUUCAUCCUACUGUCAUUUUUUUCUCACACACUCUUCUUUCACGCACUAUGACGUAGGUGGGUGAAACGGCAACGGCACCAACACAACCUAUUGGCCGAGAAGAAGCCGUCCACUCUAACUGGCGAACGAAUAAAACUUUUGGAAAGCAUUGGAUUCAUUUGGAAUUGCCUAGACAGUGCAUGGGAAAAGAAUUUUCAAGAUCUUCGUGCUUUUGCCAUUUGCCAUGGACACUUGUAAGUCUUUACGCGUCAAUCACGCACCAUGCUAAUCAAGCAUCGCAUUUGUUAACGCUACUUUUGUUGGUAGAUGUUGUCAUCGAUUAUUUGGCCACAAUGAUUUGUUUUGAUCGAAAGUGAUUGCAGAAAUGUUUUCCAUCAGUAUUGUUGUAUGCUCCAAACCUCAUUGUCAUAUUUGUCGCCGUCCGCCACGGUGUCGUCUUUCCGCUCUCUUUUCAACAGCUCGGUUCCUCAUACAUACGAAAAGAAUACGAAGCUCUCCAGCUGGGUGGUCAAUCAACGAAGGUACGAAUGUUACUGUGUAUACAAAAGAAUACGCACGCACGCUAAGAGGAACGCCAUGCACUCGAUUGUCGAACGUACCACUAGCGUAUUGCCUCGAUUAAUCCUCGGCAACAUAUUUUGUUGACAAACGUGGUAACAUGCAUUUUACUUCACUAAUCAUCUGUGCUGAACAUCGAUGUGCUUUGUAACCAACUUAGGCAAUGCAAGCUUGUUGAAGACGGAAAGCCAAGUAGCAUGACCAAGCAUCGUUUUGAAAAACUAGAACAAAUCGGAUUCCCCGUCGUUAACAAGAAACGGAAAAGGGCACGGAGCACGCUGUAAAAGCAGGUCAAGUAUUUAUUGAAUUUUCGGUGUAUCCUUGUGUUCCUUUUGUUCCUGGCAUAUACGUGCUCCUUAAUUCGACAAAUGAUUUCUUCUACAGAUGCUGCUUGAUGCCUAUCAGAUGUUUUGUUUGCUUCUCCUAUUUGUGCAAGGUAUAAAGUGUUACUAGUUCG